GCCCCGCCGUUGGUUCUGGUCGCAGAGGAGCUUAUGAGGAAACAGCUCCUUGAAAAGUCUUUAAGCCCGGAAAUCCUCGCUCGAUCCUUGAAGGUCCUUGAGUCCCAUAUGCGGUGGGAUCGACUCGAAGCGCCAACUCUCCUUCAUAGCUCCGAGAAUGGGCGGGAGCGGACGGUCUCGCUGUACCAGUGGGCGCAAACGGCUAUCAUCCACGCCGUCACGACGGCUUACUUUGGAGAUGCCAUCUGGGAGCUCUCGCCAUACAUCGUUGAGGACCUUGUGUGUUUGGAGAGCGACCUGUGGAUUCUGUUAUUCAAACUACCCCGACCAUGCGGCAAAGAGGUCCGCGUGGCUAGGGCGAGGGUGCUGCGCUGCUUGGUGGACUACAUGCGUCUGCCUCCCUCGAGCCAGCAAGAUCAAUCCUGGGCCGUCAGAAACUCCAUCACGGAGAUGCGACGCCGCGGACUGAGCGAGGAUGAUAUGGCGUCGUAUCUGCUGAUGGUCCUGUGGGGCUCCAACGCCAACGUCUUCAAACUCCCCUUCUGGCUCCUCGCGCACAUCUGCACCGACCAGACCCUACUGCAAAGAGUCACCACCGAAGUCACCACCCUCUUCGCGCAGAGCACCGCCGCCAACGAACCGCUGCCCACCCUCGCCCUGCGCCUCGAGCAGAACCCCCUCCUCUCCGCCCUCUACAACGAAACCCAGCGACUGACCAUGAACUCCAGCUCCGCGCGCAGCGUCGAGAAGCCUCUCACCAUCAACGGCCGGACCUUCCAAGCCGGCGCGCACCUGCUCGUGCCCUACCGCCAGCUCGCCAUGUCGCACCCCGUGCUCGGGCGGGACUGGGAUCGAUUCCUGCCGGAGCGGUUCCUCGACCACCCGGGUCUGGCCCAGAGUAAGAGUUUCCUGCCGUUUGGCGCGGGGAAGCACAAGUGUGUGGGGCGGUAUCUGAGCAAGCGACUGUCGCUGACGUUUGUUGCGCUGGUGGUGCAUCGCUUCCAUGUCGUGGGGGCGCUGGACGGCGUUCCGGCGGUAGGGUUCACCCCGGUCUCGUCGGGGCCCGGCGGGCCUGUGAAAGGCGGGGAUGUGCGGGUCGUGGUUUCGCCCAAAGAGGACGGGUUAUCGCAUGAGGAGAAAUGAGGUUGUUUGUUAGCUGGAGAUAGAUAGCUUACGCUGUGUGAUUAGAGGAAUUUUCUCUGGUGCUAUCUAUUUUCGGAGAUACUUAGUGCGGUGGGCAUUGUCCGAGUGUGUUAUGGUAUUGCGUGAGUUCACUAUCAUCCUUCCCGGUCCAGCGGGGAGGAGGAGGUUGGGCCAGAAAAACAGCACAAGGUGGCUGAAGAUAAGCGGGGCUCCUAACUGCCGGAGCGACAAGCACCACAGAGAGCGGGACAGAACGGG